ACAAAAUCGAUUCAGACAAAGGUAUUACCAUGACGAAAUACUUGUGUGUAGACAAGUACAACUUAUGCAAGGGACGUUACUCUCUGUGUCUUAUCCUCUUUGCCCACAUGGAAAGAUAGAUUUGUAAUUUGAAUUAUUUCCUUUUUACAUUCUGUGAUGGAAGAUAGUGUUGUUAUGAUGUCAGCCAAAAAGAUCAUAAAGGAAGGGGACCACAUCGUCAUGAAGCGUGAUGACUCUUAUAGAAUCAUGCAGGUUCGUUUAAAUCGUUAUGUCUUCGUUGAUAAGCACAAAUUUAAACUGGAUGGCAUGGUUGGCUGUCCGUAUGGCUCCAGAUUCGAAGUGAAGAAUGACACCAUCGUCCAAGUAGAUCGUCAUUCGUGGAAGGUUAACAUUCCUGAUUGUGGAAAGGGUGUUGACAACCGCAACAUUGUUGGUAAAGACAGUAACCAGCAGUUGUCACACGAAGAAAUAAUGGCCAUGAAAAAAGAUGGUUUGGCUGGUGAAAGCAUCGUUGGACGUCUUAUUGAAAACAGUUCGACAUUUUCUCUGAAAACUGAAUACGCCCAGGACAAAUAUAUUAAGAAAAAGAAACGAAAAUACAUGCUAGUCUUCGUAGUUCUACGACCUACCACAAGAAUACUAAUCGAAAUGUAUUUUGCGAAAAGCCCUGCCAAAAUUUGUCACUUGAGAAUCGAUUCUUUGGCUCAGAUUCUCAUGCUAGGUAAUAUUCGUGCCGAUAUGAACGUUGCUGUGGUAGACACUUGUCUUGGAAUCGUUGUUGGGGCAGUUAUGGAGCGGUUAGGUGGCCGAGGAAAUGUGAUCCAUGUUUAUCAUGGUCAGCAUCCUUCACGUCCUGCUGUUGACUGUUACGAUUUCGAUCAAGACCACAUGGAUACUUUACAUUCGUUCCCCAUGGAGAAAUUAAAUUUACUGAAACACACCGGUAACAUUAUAAUUGAUGAUGAUAGUAAACCUGCUGCCGUUGACGAAAACGAACCAAAAGUGAAAGCGCUCAAACUUGAAACUAGUCCUGACAACGAGGAAAGUAACGAAACUGCAGCUACUAUUGUUAAGUCUGAAGGUACCGAUAAUGAGUUGGAAUCGAACCCAGAACUUUCGCCCGAAGACACAAAUGAUAACAAAAGUGAAAUGAAGAAUGAAGAAUCUGACAAUUGCGAAGAUAAAAGCAAAAACAACGUGGACAGCAGCGUUACUGAUUCUAAAGCGACAUCUUUAGAGGAAAAACAAAAUGAAACUGUGGAUAGUGUGAAACCAGAGAAAAAACGAUAUCGUGGGACAUUUGAAAAUCGUGAAGCAAAACGUGAAAGUUUUGUAAAAAAGUUGGUUACAACACAAAGCCUGAUGGUCAGUAAAGAACUGGAUUGUAUUAUAAUUGCUUCUAAAUUUUAUCCGACCCCUCUAGUAUUAAACUUACUACGGUAUCUUCGACCAUCACGACAAAUCGUCGUGUAUUCCCAAUACAAGGAGAGUUUGUUGGAAUGUUAUGCUCAGUUGCGAGAACUUGGAUGUUUGGUAAAUUUCUUAACAGAAACAUGGUUGCGAGAGUUUCAGGUUUUACCUAUGAGGACCCACCCUCUUGUAAACAUGAGUGGUACUGGUGGUUAUUUAUUAGUAGCUACCACUGUACUCAAAACCUAAGUCCGUCCAUAUACUUCUUGUUUAUCUCACACACACACAUACUUUCUCUCACUCUUUUAUAAUAAUACAUAUUACAAAAAAACACGUGUUUUUCACAUAACUUUCUAUUUUAUUUUUCUAACAAAACAAAACUGUCCAAAAUGGGAUGAAUUACAGCAGAAAUUUAUUCCACCAGUUUUCAGACCACAUUUUUAUUUCAUGUAAUUCUCACCUGUAUAAUUAUUUUUUAUUUAGUAAAAUCUGUUACAAAACAUA